AGAAGAUUGAGCCAGGGCGCACGCACAACAUUGUGAACAUUUCAUCUCACCCUUUCCGAUUUGGGUUACAAUACGCGUGCAAGCGCAGCGCCUACUGCAAUCGAAUUUCAUCCAAUCGUCAGCAAAAUGAAGCGCGCCAGCCCACACUCAGUCCGAACCUGGCCGGGAGAGAGAAAGAAUCACGUGCACGCUGAAACAAUGUUCGCUGGUAAGGCGUGGUGAACACACACAUAAUGCACAGCCAAAAUCACGCUCAGGCCAGCCAAAGCAGAUAGUGGGGAUCAACACCAUCAUCAUCUUGAGAGGAGUCAGCACACACGAUCAGGCACGACAUCCACACCUAAACAACGAGAACCAAGCAUAAUCUCCUUCCCUCCUCAUAAGUCAACAUGGACAGCUUUCGCAAGAUAGACGUCGAUAAAUACGAUGAAGAUGUGUUAUUAGAAGAAGAAUUGAUCGAUGUAGAUACCCGAUCACCUUCAGAACUAAAACAGAUAGCCCAACAGAGAACGACAGAAGUACGUUCAUUGAUCGGUAAAGGUGAUCCACGUGGAGCGCUAGCAGUCAUCUUGAAUGAUCCACCUUACGGAGAUGCAAAUGCAAAUAUAGAAGCGAAAAAUGCUACACUUUCGGCCCUUUUGGAAAUCUUUAACGUUACAAAAUCUUCAGAUGUUGCUCAAAUUGUUAAAUCUCUCAAUGUCGAAGAACAAGACAUUUUGAUGAAGUAUCUCUAUAAAGGACUUGCCAGUCCGGAAUUAGGAGCAAGCGCAGUUCUACUGGGAUGGCACGAAAAGCUCACCGAAGCAGCAGGAACAGGAUGUAUCGUUCGUGUUCUCACCGAUCGUAGGCGUGUAUAGAUCUGGUAUCUUGUAAUGAAUAUUCUUCACUCAGUCUCAAAAGUUGUUUGGAUUGGAGCAGUGUGAUUGCAGUAGGUGUACAUGAUGUCUGAAUGUCAAC